CACGCCCAACGUCCGCGUCGCCGUUCUGCGCCGCCGCCAUGGCCGACGUGGAGGACGGCGAGGAGCCCUGCGUCCUGUCCUCGCACUCCGGGAGCGCAGGCUCCAAGUCGGGAGGCGACAAGAUGUUCUCCCUUAAGAAGUGGAACGCGGUAGCCAUGUGGAGCUGGGACGUCGAAUGCGAUACCUGCGCCAUCUGCAGGGUCCAGGUGAUGGAUGCCUGUCUUAGAUGUCAAGCUGAAAAUAAACAAGAGGACUGUGUUGUGGUCUGGGGAGAAUGUAACCACUCCUUCCACAACUGCUGCAUGUCGCUGUGGGUGAAACAGAACAAUCGCUGCCCUCUCUGCCAGCAGGACUGGGUGGUCCAGAGAAUCGGCAAGUGAGCCAUAGUGGAAGGAGCUCCUGCUGUGGUUGGCAACCCUGGACGAUCUUGCCGUCAUGUUACGAGAGAAAGACUAGACUCUCCAGUGAAUUCAUUCAUUCUUCAGAUAGAACAGAUGACGUGCGGUCCUUGGAGACUCAUCCAAGGCGUGGUUUAGUGUUUUGUCUGUUUAAUUUUGAAAAAAAUCUCUACAAUUAAGAAGAUAAUUUAUUAAAAACUGGCCUUUCCUACCUUGGUU